GGGGACUCAUUGAUGUUUCCAUACUGACUGUGGGAAGUAGGCUGUUUGUGUCUCAGUGUUUUAAUGAAUCUCUGGUGCUUUGAGAGCUUCAUCAGGAGAUGGUGCUGUAGAUGUUGGUUCUUAUUUCCAGUUACCAUUGGCUUCAGCCUUCAGCCUGAUUAUGACUGGAUGAUGGAAAAUACUCCCAGUAUUAUAAAAUUGUGUUCAAUGUCUAGGAUGGAAGCUGUGGUUAAAUUCAGUUUAAUUUGCGAGACCAUUUAACUAAAGGAAACAUUUUCAUGCUCUAACUGUUGGGGAUGUGAGACGUUAUGAUAAACUCUUCACAGGUUUCAUUUUUUUUUAUGACUGCUUAUAUUGACUCCACGGCUCUGACAUAUUUAUAUUUCGUUGUCAUCUUGCUUUUGUAUGUUUUCAUAAUCUUCUCUAACGUGCUGCUGAUUGUGGUGAUCUGUGUGAACAGCAGCUUACAUGAACCUAUGUACAUGUUUCUGUGCAGCCUGUUUGUGAAUGAACUGUACGGCAGCUCAGGCUUGUUCCCCUUCCUGCUGGUCCAGAUCCUCUCUGAUGUUCACAUUAUUUCUGCUCCGCUCUGCUUACUGCAGGUUUUUGUUGUCCAUUCAUAUGGAGCUGUUGAGUUUUUAAACUUAGCCGUCAUGUCGUACGACCGGUACCUCGCUAUCUGUUACCCUCUGCAGUACAACACCAGAAUGACACCUAAAAAGAUCGCCGUGCUGAUCGCUCUGGCCUGGUUGUAUCCGUUUGUAGCGAUGUCCUUCAUGAUGUCUCUGGUACCGGUGAAGCUGUGCCGGAACCAGAUUAACAAAGUCUACUGUGACAUGCACUCUCUGGUCAAACUGGCUUGUACGGAGACGGCCUUAACGAACAUUUAUGGUCUCACUGCUACGUUCAGCACCAUCUUCAUCUCGCUGCUUCUAAUCCUCUACACCUACAUCAAGAUCCUUGUUGUGUGUUUCUCUGGAUCCAAACAGACCCGUCAGAAAGCUCUGAACACCUGCACGCCUCAUCUGGCCUCCAUCUUGAACUUUUCCUUUGCUGGCAGCUUUGAGAUUUCUCAGAGCAGAUUUAACAUGAGUUUUCUGCCAAACGUUCUGCGGAUUUUCCUCUCACUCUACUUCCUAACUGCCCAGCCGCUUUUCAACCCGCUGAUGUACGGCCUGAAGAUGUCAAAAAUCAGAAAUGUUUGUAAAAAUCUUCUUCUGAAUGUAAAAUACUGACAUGCUUUUAUUUAGAAAUAAUAGUAAUUGUUUUAGAAACUGAUGUUGAAUCUUAAAACAAAUCAAAGGUUUUAUUCCUGCUUAAACAGAGGACUAUUAAAGCAUAUUUUCACAAACAAACCUUCAUUCAGUUAUGCGUGUUUUUGGACAAAAAGAGUCUGAGGAAGGUAUUUUAUAAAGGUAUCCAGAAGAAAAUCAGCAUAUUGUGAUUAUGGAUUAUGUUGGUCUGUAGGAGUUAAACUGA